CCGCUCCCUCGAGGUGACCGUUGUUUCCGUGUCGACGGAAGGAGGUGGGCGACGGUGUCUGCGGUAACGAGCCCGGUUUCUCUCUCCGCAGCAGCAGCUGACCAUGAUAAGAUCAUUAACGGAUAUGGGUGCCAGCCGCGUCGCAGCCUUGGCAGGUUUUCCUGACCACCCAGGGGUACCGCUGGUGCGGGGGCUCCAUUAUUAACGAAAACUGGAUCCUCUCCGCCACGCACUGCGGGCAGCCGGCGGACACGCUGAUCGCACACGUGGGCGAGCACGACACCACUGUGGAGGAAGGCACGGAGCAGCGGCUGCCCGUGGCCCAGGUCAUCCCGCACCCCUUCUGCAACCCCCGCAGCCUCGACAACAUCAUGUUGCUGCGGCUUGCCGCCCCGAUCAUCUUCGACUGCAACGCGCAGCCGGUGCCGCUCUCCAGCAGCCGCCCGAAAGCCGGCCUCCAGUGCCUCGUUUCUGGGUGGGGUAAUCUGCUUACCGAUAGCGUGGAGUACCCGGCCAAGCUGCAGUGCCUUGAGAUCCUGGUGCUCUCCGUCAGGACCUGUCUGGCGGCCAAUCCGGGAAGGAUCUCCGGCAAUAUGUUCUGUGCUGGUUUCAUGGAGGGAGGCAAGGACGCCUGUCAGGGUGAUUGGGGUCCCGUGGUAUGUCAUGGGAAGCUGGAAGGAAUCGUCUCCUGGGGGCUGGGUUGUGCAAUGAAGGGAUAUCCCGGGGUUUACACCAAAGUCUGCAACUACAUCGACUGGAUCACGGAGACAAUGGCAGCAAACUAGAGCCUCCAAGUUUCAAUAAAAAUCUUAUCAUGUUCAA